CAGCUUUCUAAUAAAAAACGUUUACCUUUCAUGACAUUUUUUUUCUUUCUUUCUUUUUUUUUUUUUUUUAAACACAUUUUAACAGUGCAGUAUGUCAACAGGCUCGGUUAGUGAUACUGAUGACAUUCAAGAGAUGGUUAUACAGGGACUUGAUUUUCAGUACCAUGGCUCAAAGGAGGAUGCUAUGGACAACGACCUAUACAAUUCUGCCGCAGAAGACGAGUGUUGCACAGAAUUCAGCGGUAGCAGCAACUGCUCAACCAAGAAAAAGAGAAGCAAAUCGGGUGCAAGCAAGAGCCUACCCAGAACACACAAGGAAUGCAAACAGUCUCAGAGAAAUGCUGCCAAUUCCCGUGAGAGAGCAAGGAUGCGAGUUUUAAGUAAAGCUUUUUCCAGGUUAAAAACUAGUUUGCCCUGGGUACCACCCGACACCAAACUUUCCAAACUGGAUACACUGAGACUGGCUUCAAACUACAUCGCACACCUCAGGCAGCUUCUGCAAGAGGAUAGAUACGAGAAAUGCUUCGUGCAUCCGGCAAACUUGACAUGGCCAUUUGUGGUUUCAGGCAGACCAGAUUCAGAAAACAAAGACGUUUCUGCCACAUCUAGGUUCUGUGGAGCUACAGCAUAA